AUGCAACCGGGGGACCAGGCGCCCGGUAACCCGGAAACAAAGACGUCGCUUGAAUACCUCGCGAUGGCGAGGGACAUGUCAGCCGCCGCGGCUGAGGAAGCCGACAUGGAUAGCGUCAAGGCUUUCGGGCUACUAGGGCUCGCGAACCAUGCCAUGUGCUACAGCAUUGCCGCAUAUCUGCACGUUGGCACAGCCGUCAGAAUCGGCUACUCUCUUGGACUGCACCGUGAUAUCUUCCUCAGGAGUAAGGGCUCUCUUGAGCGUGAGCGAAGCCGUCGCGUAUGGUGGACGAUCUACGUUCUUGAUUAUGAGAUGGCGAGUCGGUUCGGGUAUCCGUGUUCGGUCAUUGAUGAUGCCGUAUUCAUGAGCACCCCGCGGCCACGGAGCAGAUGUUGA